GGGAAACUGAACAACGGCUGAGUGCCAUGGUCUCACAGCUCAACCGGCGGCUAUUCCGGGCAUUGCAGCCAGUUGAGAUUGUGAGCUGGCACCAGCUGGGUGCCACUACGCACCGUACCUUCUUGCGAGAACUCACUGACCGCUUGCUGCUUGGGGAGGGUGUUGGAGGGGAACACCGCUUUGAUCGAGAUCGUGUCUAUUGGUUUAGCCGCCCUGAGGUUCCAGGCUGGAACAAAAUCGCUUUCGUAUGCUUGGUUUGGUUGUUUGUUGCCGCCAAGGUUCCUUUGAAGUUGAUGCCUUAAACAAAGAAGCGUGUUAAUGAGAUCUCAUCAUACCUCAAAGGUGAUUUUGUGUGAAACAUUUGCUUUUUCAUCUUUUUCCAAGUUUGGUGAGGCUGGAGUCAUCACCGCAAGUCAGCGGAAGUUCGAUGCUCGCGUGAUCUUGGGUCUUUUCCUGCCGGGUGCAGAGGUGCCAUGGGGAUGAAUAGAUGGCAUGCGGCACGGUUUGGUUGACGUAUGUUGAGGUGUGAUUGACGAGCUCGAGUAGGAGUGCUGUGCUCAUCUCUAUCGAAUGCACGGAGGAGCCGGUCCUCCUUUACGCUGCCGAUCGCCUAUCGCUGGAUAGAUCUGGCCGCCCAGCUGCGCCGAAUGAAGCGCUGGCCAGAGCGCUCCAGCGAAGCUACAAGAGCGGGCUCAACAUCGCAAAGUUUGGAUUGCUGGCAUAAGAGCUGCCUAGUGGAUGUGACGUGCUGCAGACAAAGUCUGUGCAAAAUCAUGCUCGGCCGUGAGCCAUGAAAGGA